AUGUCGAAGUUGACAAGGGUACUUGCUGAAUAUCUGUAUGAGAGUAAUGAGUUGUUGCCAGAGGAGCAGAAAGGGUGUAAAAGAGGGAGUAAAAGAUUUAAAGACCAGUUGUUAAUUGAUAGGACUUUGUUAAGAGAUUGUAAGAAGAGACAUGCUAAUUUGUCAUUGGUGUGCAUAGACUAUAAGAAAGCAUAUGAUAUGGUGCCUAACUCAUGGAUUCUGGAGUGUCUAGAUAUAAUGGGAUGUGCCAAGAACGCGAGGAACUUAUUUGAGAAGAGUAUGAGUCAGUGGAAGUGUGAGCUGACUGCUGGGGGGACUGUUUUGGGAGAAGUACCAAACAAUCGAGGAAUAUUUCAAGGUGAUAGUCUUUCUCUGUUGAUGUUUGUGGUUUGUUUAAUCCCACUAACAAUGGUUUUGCGUAAGGUGAAAGCUGGAAUGAGACGAGUGGGAAAGUGA